AUGCGAGCCGUGGUUAAGAAGAUCCAGGACUUACGGCAUCUAGGUAUCGAAAAUCAUGGCUUGCCACUGCCAAAGAUCGUCGUCGUCGGUGACCAGAGUGUCGGGAAAAGUUCACUCAUCGAGGGCAUGAGUGAGAUCAAAGUCCCGAGGAGUGCUGGGUGCUGUACAAGGUGCCCUUUGGAAAUCAAUCUGGCGGAGAGCGACUCUGCUGAUUCCCCAUGGACGUGUAAAGUUUUACUCAUGAAAAAGUACGUCUUUGACAGCUCUGGACGCGCGCAACGGGCGACCCAUGCCAAACCGCUAGGACCAUGGAUUGAACAAGACCCUGAGGAGCUCCACUUCGCUACGCUGACGGAUAAGGCUGCUCUCCAAGAACACCUCAAGUGGGCUCAGCUAGCCACUCUCAACCCGGGACGCAGUCAUACCGACUUCGUGCCGGGCGACGACCAGGACGCGGAUGGAACUUACACUCAGGUCAAGUUUUCUCCCAACGUCGUCCGCCUGGACAUCACAGCUCCUAGGUUUCCGAACUUAUCUUUUUACGACCUACCCGGCGUCAUAAACGUCGCGGAAAUUGACGAAGAGAAAUACCUCGUUACGUUGGUCGAGAAUUUGGUCAAGGAAUAUAUCCGCGCUCAGAAUUGCAUUGUCCUACUUACCCUGCCAAUGACGGAUGACGCAACAAACUCUAGCGCCGCACGAAUCAUCCGCGAUAUUCCCGGUGCUAGAAAGCGAACUCUAGGCGUCUUGACCAAGCCAGAUCGCGUCGAGCUCAAGAAUGGAAAUGAGUAUGAUCAGUGGCGCGAAAUCCUACGAGGGGAGAAGUUCUCAACCGGACACGGAUAUUACGUUGUCCAAAACAAUCCUGAUCCAAGAGUCGACCAUGCAACUGCCCGUGAAGAAGAGCUUCACUUUUUUUCACACCCGCCCUGGCAAACGGAGCUAGUCGAAUACAAUGACCGAUUCGGCACUCGUCGUCUGCAGGCGGCCCUCUCGAGGCUUCUCCUGAAACAGAUCCAAGAUUCCCUGCCCGGUAUCAUUGAUAAGAUCAAUACACAAGCUAGACAUGUUCAGAAUGAACUUAGCAAGUUGCCGAAUCCGCCAUCUGCCAACAUACCCUACAUUUUGUGCCAGAAGCUUAACGUCUUCAUGAACAAUGUCCAGUUGCAUGUCGAUGGUGGUUUACCUAAGUUCCCCUUCCUCAAGCGAUGGGGCUCACUCGCUUCUGAAUUCAAGUUGUACCUUGCCGAAUCUAGACCUACCGUACGUUUGCUCGAAUCUUCCGUUGAUCUUCAGGCCCCAUCGGCCAGUCCAGAUGGCCCGAAUGACGAUACAGCUGCCGAUGCUCAAGCAAACGGCAAACGUAAAUUUAAGGAGAACGGCUCAAACAAAGAAACCGACCUGAAACGGAUGAAAGUAGGAGAUGUGUCCAAUGGCCAUGCGUCUACAAAAUCCAUGGUUCAAGCCAAUGGCCAUUUCGAUUGCUUUGCAAGACCAGCAAAAACUUUCACCCUCGAAGAAAUUCGUAAUGUGAACACGGAUACCUAUGUCUCUGGCGUUCCUGGCCUUGGAAACCCCCAUGCAGUUGAAGCCAUCAACAAAAUCAGCGUGUCUCACUGGAGCGACCCAAUGAAAACAUUCCUGAACGUUACAGUUGAACACUUUGAGCAGGCCGAAGAACAUUUCAAUAUUGAAUGUCUGAAGCCAUUUACAAUGGCAAAUGAUCUGUUUCAGCGUGUUCAAGAGGAAACUUAUGACACGUUCUACAAGAAGCGCCAUGCUGCUAGAGCUAAAUGCUAUGCCAAAACUAUCGACGGGUACCACUUGGUUACAGGCCUACGGACUAAGACUGAUCCGAAUAAGGUGACCAAGGAGGAGCUGGGCCCUGACGAGUUUGCAAAGGAGCUGGAAAUUAUGAGUGCCUCACGCGCUUACUAUGACAUUGCUUCAUCGCGGUUUGUCGAUACCACUUGCCAGAACAUUUACAUCAAACUGUUCAUGCGCUGUCGGGAUGAAUUGCGGGACGUCAUCGAACACAAGCUCGGGAUCCUAGAGGAAAAUGCCUCCGAAAGGUGCCAGGAACUGAUAGCGGAAGAUCGCGGGCGACAGAUCAGACGCACCCACCUGCAAAAGGAGAAGGAGAAGCUCGACAAGGCUCAAGAGUGGUUGAAAGUCGCGGAGAAGACCCCUGAGCCGCUUUUCUGCGAACCUGCUCCUUGA